AUGUCGGCAAAUCUGUCCACUAUGCGGCCUCGUGCCAUCCAUACCGCCAUCCCUCCUCUCUCCUCACCUGCUCUCGUCCUCUCCUCUCUUGCUCUCCUCCUCUCCUCACCUGCUCCCCUCCUCGCCUCACCUGCUCCCCUCCUCGCCUCACCUUCUCCCCUCCUCUCCUCACCUGCUCCCCUCCUCACCUCACCUGCUCCCCACCUCGCCUCACCUGCUCCCCUCCCUGCCUCACCUGCUCCCCUCCUCGCCUCACCUGCUCCCCUCCUCGCCUCACCUGCUCCCCUCCUCUCCUCACCUGCUCCCCUCCUCUCCUCACCUGCUCCCCUCCUCUCCUCACCUGCUCCCCUCCUCUCCUCACCUGCUCCCCUCCUCUCCUCACCUGCUCCCCCCCUCUCCUCACCUGCUCCCCUCCUCUCCUCACCUGCUCCCCUCCUCUCCUCACCUGCUCCCCUCCUCUCCUCACCUGCUCCCCUCCUCGCCUCACCUGCUCCCCUCCUCGCCUCACCUGCUCCCCUCCUCUCCUCACCUGCUCCCCUCCUCUCCUCACCUGCUCUCCCUCUCUCCUCACCUUCUCCCCCCCUCUCCUCAUCUGCUCCCCUCCUCUCCUCAUCUGCUCCCCUCCUCGCCUCACCUGCUUCCCUCCUCUCUCCCCACCUGCUCGCUACUCUCUCCUCACCUGCUCACCUCACUGUUGUUUCCUCCGCUGCUCCUUCACCACAUUCUGAUGCGUCUGCUCUCUUCUCCUGCUGUGCCUCCUGUUUUCGCUUGCUGCUGAUCUGCUCAUGGCAGGGCGGACGGCAGCACGUGACAAGGAGAGCAUAG